AUGGACGAUUCGCGCAGCCGCGACACAUCACCGCUGCCACCCACCUCUCGGGUCACCAUCUGUCGCAAUCCGUCGGAUCGUACGGCUGCGGCUUGCAUCGCGUGUUCGUGCGACAUAGAUGGGCUGCCAGAUGUCGUCUUUCUGAACAUCCUCCACCACGUCAUCAGCAGCAGCAAAGCCGUCCAUGGACCGACGACCGCAAUCCAUGCAAGCACCGCCCCUCCCUAUUCAACAGAGUCGUGCCCUAACGGCAUAACCAUCACCACUCGCGAUCGCAGGGGCUAUAAGCAACAGCAGCAGCUGCCAUGUAAGGACCCUACAUGCACCUGCCGCGGCAACACAGACAGCACCGCCGCCGCCCCCACCCCCCCGCUGCUCACCUGCGCGCUCGUCUCCCGCCGCUGGCUGCGCCUCUCCGCGCUUCUCCCCCGCGCCAUCACUGUCCCCCCCGGCCUCCUCUUGCGCCCCCGCGCCCUCCUGCGUACACUCUCCGCCUUCCCCCAACUGCGCUCCGUCACGCUACACGGGGACUCCUGCCGCAGCAACAGCAGCAGCAGCAGAGGGGCCAUCAGUGACUGGCUGAUCUCUCGCCUGGCAACGCUGCUGCCGCAGCUGACGUCACUGUCGCUCGUUCGCGUUGCAGCAAUCCCGAGGCUCUCCCCGUUGGCAUCCUCCCUGCUGUGCUUAGAGAUUCGCGGCGCAGGGGAGGGGCUCACAUGUCUCUCUGAAAAGAGCCUUGGGCGACUGACGUGUCUGCAGGAGCUGGUUGUGAGGGACUGUUUGGCGCUGCGGUGCCUUCCGGCGUCGCUUGCACUGCUGCCGUCGCUGCAGCGGAUUAGCGUGGAAGGAUGCUAUCUCGCCACGCUUCAUGCUUGGACGCUCACGGAUAGGGAUGGCGGUGGGUUGGCGGCUGUGCCUUCUGUGGGAGGGGAUGGGGUGCGAGAGGUGGGGGAAGGGCGAAGGAAUGACAUCAAACGUGAUGACGAUGCUGAUGCGGUUGUUUUGGCGGUAUCGGGGGGUGCGAGUGAUGGGGAGGAUGUGGAGGCAAGCUGUGGGCAGCAACUGCCGCCUGGGUGGCGAAGGCGACAGCGGCGGCAAUGGAAGAAACUCCACCUCUGUCAAGACAAGGUUCAGCAGCAGCAGCCGAGUGGUGUCGCCACUGUCACUGCAGCAGCACAGCCACGCCAGCCCCUGUUCUUUUCCAAGCUGCAACACCUGCAGCUUGCUGACGUGCCAGCCCUGCAGCACCUGCCACGUGGCAUCCUCCAGCACCACUCACUGAAGCACCUUGUGCUGGACGGCUAUUCAGGAGAUUACCUGUCUGCUACUUGCAGUGUCAACUCCGAGUCAACCAAGUCAAUGCUUGAAUCUCCCAUCCGCAUGCCCAGCCUGCAACAUCUGGAGCUGCGCAACCUUCAAAAACUUUCCCAGCUGCCCGACUGCCUGUCCCUGCCUGCCGCCUGCCCGUCCCUCACCAUCCUCACCAUCCAGAACUGCCCGCGCUUCUCCUCGCCCCUCGCUCCUCCUCCCAGCCUGCACACCUUGAACCUUCACAAUCUUCCCAACCUCACAUCCAUCUGCGACCCACUGCGUGUCCACUGCCCAUCGCUCUCUGUCCUCGUUAUAUACCAAUGCGCCAACCUCCAUACUGUGCCGUGCUUCCCGUCGCGCAGCCUGUCACACGUGGAGAUUCGCAACCUCCCAAACCUCACAGCACUCACAAGCCCGUCCUCGCUCGUCAACCCCUCCGCCUCCUCCCCUCGCCUCUCCAUCCUUGCCAUCGACAACUGCCCUCUCCUUGCCAUACAUGCCUCGCCACGCACACCCCUCGCCUUUAACUUUCCACGCCUGAGGGAGCUAUGGCUGCACGACCUGCCUCUGCUGCACGAGCUACCGCCCUCCUUCUCCUGCCUCUCCUCCCUGCAGCGCUUGGUCAUCACCCGCUGCCAUGGGCUCAACUCACUCCCUGCCUGCCUGCCAGAGCUCCCCUUGCUGCGCGAUCUCGCCCUCGUGAUAAACCACAACCUCACCGUCCCCAGGGAUUUCCUGCCGCAGCUGCACUCGGUGCGUCGCCUGGUGGUGCAUCGGGGGCGUGAGAACAAGACCAUCAUCGCACAUCACGGGAGGGUGAGGCCAAAGUUUGGGCUGCCCCCGCGCGUGAAAGAGCUGCACACGGAUGACUUUGGGAGCGAUGUGUUCCGGUUGCAUGAGCUGGAGAGACUGGAGGUGAGUGGGGGGUACUUCCCUAAGAUGAGUAUAAACGAGAUUCGGGUUAUGGAGGAGGUGAUGAAGGUUAGCGGAGAAGGUGGGAGGAGCGAUGCAGGGGAAGAGGAGGGCAAUGCCGGAUUUGAUGUGAAGUGUUGGGAGGGCGGGAGACGGCUAGCGUGGGUGACCAGUGCGUUGGAGAGCAAGCAGAGCAACGGUCACAGAAACUUGACGGAUCAUACAAGAGACAAGAACCCUCUGAAGCUGCCUGCUUCAGUGUAA